UGUAAAUACUGUGUAGCGUCGGCAGUGACGAUUCAUGAAGUUGGAGCACAAAGGAUAUGUUGUUGUUUAACUAUGUAGAGUGUUUAAGGAGAAGAGAAAGGAAGAAGAUAAGACAGAGAAGAGCGGUUUGUUGAGAAAAAUGUUUGCAUCAUGAAAAGAGGAUUUCUAUGCAAAGAUGUCAUUUCCUGAUUUAAAACUAAAAAGAGCUCCCUUGAGAAUUCUAAAAAAUCCUUCAAGGGAGCUGUGAAAGAGAUUCUUUUUCUUUCUGGAAGAUAUAUUCACCAACAAUAAUUAUCCUACUUAAUUUAGGUCUUCAAAGUGGGAAAAUAGUAGCUUGAUGGAAGGCAAAAUGAUUCUUACAGAAGAACCAAUCCACCACUGUGAAAUUUGUAGUAAAAACUUUCUAAGCUCUUGGCACUUGAAUAAGCACAAGCAAUCCCACACUGAUGCAAAACCACACCACUGUGGAGUGUGUGGCAAGUCAUUCACAUUUAAUUGCAACUUGCGAAAGCAUAAAAUGAUUCAUACUGGAGAAAAGCCAUUCAGCUGUGAAAUAUGUGGUAAAGUAUUCACAAACAAAGGUGAUGUAUCCAGGCAUAAAGUUGUUCACACAGGAGAAAGACCAUUCCAGUGUGAGAUUUGUAGUAAAAAAUUCUUACGUAAUUGGCAAUUGAAUGCACAUAAAGUUGCACAUAUGAGACAGAAACCAUACCGUUGUGAAAUUUGUGAUAAUACAUUUAUGUCUAAUACCAACUUAAAGAAACAUAAAAUGAUUCAUACUGGGGAAAAGCCAUUCACUUGUGAAGUUUGUGGAAAAGCAUUUAUAUCUAAUAGUAACUUACGUAUUCAUAGAAUGGUCCAUACAGGGGAACGUCCGUUCAACUGUGAAAUCUGUGGUAAAGCAUUCCCCAGAAGGGGUCAAAUAACCCGGCAUAAAGUGGUUCACACAGGAGACAAACCUUACCAAUGUAUUAUUUGUAAUAAGAGGUUUUCAUCCAAUAGUAGUUUAGCCAUCCAUAAAAUAAUUCAUACAGAAGAGAGUCAAUUUCACUGUGAUGUUUGUGGUAAAACAUUCUCUAGAAAAAAUGAUGUCACUAGACAUGAAAUGGUUCACACUGGAGAAAAGCCAUAUCACUGUGAAACAUGUGGUAAAACAUUCUCAUGUAAAGGUAAUUUAAGAAAACACCAAAUGGUUCACACAGGAGAGAAACCAUACCACUGUGAUAUUUGUGGUAAAACAUUUGCGAGUAAUGGUCAUCUAACGAAACAUAAAGUGGUUCACACAGGAGAGAAACCAUACCACUGUGCGAUUUGUGGUAAAUCAUUCUCACAGAGUGGUUAUUUACGUUUGCAUAAAGUGAUUCAUACCGGAGAGAAACCAUUUGACUGUGAUAUCUGUGAUAAGACAUUUGCUAGAAAGAGUGAAGUAAUUAGUCAUAAAGUCACUCACAGUGGAGAGAGACCUUUCCAGUGUGAUAUUUGUGGGAAAGCCUUUGCUCGGAAGAACACUGUAAGGAUCCAUAAAGUUGUUCACACAGGGGAGAAACCAUUCGACUGUGAUAUCUGUGGGAAAGCAUUUUCAAAUAAAGGUCUGGUGACAAAACACAAACUGAUUCAUACUAAACAGAAAUCCUUGUUAUGAACCUAUGUUUGAACAUUGUCACACAGUAGUGAUAGAAGGGUUUCUUAAAUCAUUCAUACGUUAGAGAAAAUAUGACAUGAUAAGGUUUGGGGUUAUCUAGUAGACUUAAUGGUGUUCUUUAGUUCCUAAUCAACCUUUGAUUUAGUAAAUGUAUUAUCAAAAAUAUUCCAAUCAUACCCACCUCAUCUUUUUAGAGUUAUCUUGGACUACAUUAUAUAUAAUGUGUCCUAUAUUUAUGAUGGUGGAGUUUAAUUUGAGGGAAAUUUGGCUGCAAUUUCAAGCAGUUGUGCAACCAGGUGGAGGCUCUAACAGUUGAUACAUGUGUACAGCCAUAGAUCUAUAGUAAAGUUUGGAAUUCUAAUUCAACUAGUUUGUACUGAAAAGUAUAUCUUGAAAUGUGUGUAGAAGUGAAACAUAGGAUAUUUGAUAUUUUAUCAGCAAUGGACCAACAUGAAAUAGAAAAUCCAUAGCAUGGUUAAGUUUGUAAAAAACAUUCUCUUGAAAUGUUCUCUUUGGAGCAAACAUAGUUCUAAACAUGCUGGAGAAAAAGACUCCCAUUGAGAAAUUUGUGGUGCGUAAUUUCAAAAAUGGAUCACACUGAAGUGAUUGUGAAAUAUGUAGCAAACAUGUCAUAAAUAUAUAAUUAUUGAACAAAAUAAUAAUAAAUCAUUUUGAUGGGAAAAUCAUCAUCAUCGUCGUUGAACAUCCGCUUUCACUGCUGGCAUGGGUUGGAUGGUUUGACUGACGACUGGCAAGCUGGGAGGCUGCACCAGGCUCCAAUCUGAUUUGGCAAGGUUUCUACAGCUGGAUGCCCUUCCUAACACCAACUACUCUGAGAGCAUAAAAGGUGCUUUUUAGGUGACACUGGCAUCGGCCAUGACUACGAUUUCACUUGGUUCUUCACAAGUACAGCAUAUUACCCGACAUUUGAAGGGUGCUUUUGUGUAUGAUUGUUGGAGGGAAUGAAAGUAGUCACAUCAAAUUGAGUUAUAUUUUUGUUUGGUCUUAAAUCAGCAUUGAUCCAACAAAUGAUAAUCACAGGCAUUUCUAACAUGACUCUCUCAUUUUACCCCUGAUAUUGUGUACCCUGGACUACAUGAUUCUAUGUAUCCAUUUUUUAAGAUAGUAGGAUAUGGUUUGAAGGAGAUUUACCUGCUAUUUCUAGCAGGUUGAACAACCACAUAGAAUUAAACUACUUUUAUGUUCUGGAAGGGAUAUUUUUGCUCUAAUGAACUAGCAAGGGAGCCUCUGUGUAGUCACUUGUUGUACUAGAAAUAACAACUAAAUCCUCCUUAAAUCAAACUCUACCAUAAUGAACAAUGUAGUCUAAGAUAUACAAAAAGAUGGGAUGGUCUUGGCUGGAAUGCUAGGUGUUUGGUUAGGGCUGCUCUUGAGCUUAUCAGCAACAACAACAUGAGAACUGAACAGAGAAUAUAUUUUAAGGGAAAAUUGUUAAUCUACUAUAGAGACAAUACUGUACCAUCUUCUGAUGUCCUGGAGGUAAUUUUACACAAAAAUAUGCUAGAAAUGUUACAUAAGUGCGACAAUCUCUUGUGAUAUUUUUCUCCAAUUUAUCAAAAUGAUAAAGUGAGAUUUUUGAUUUUUAAAAGAUAAAUGAAUUUAAUAAAUUUAUAAAAUACUUUGUGAAA